AUGGGACCGAAACGUACUCAUGGGGGCGAACAUGGCCCAUCACAAAAUCCUCGCGCAGGGCCUCCAGAGAAAAAGCGCAAGGGCUUCAGUGUCGGACCAGCCAACCUCCCCGAUGGAACCUACCGACGCAAGACACAAAAGAUCAAAUCAGACCUCAUCCAAAAAGCCAAAGUGAAAAAAGCCUAUGCCAAAAUCAAAGCUCAAGAACUCGCCGCUGGAACACCGAAGUCUGUGUACGAUACUGCGGAGGCACACAACGCGGAAGCUGCCGAACCAGCCACGCUGGAAUUACACCCCGACCGGAUUGCGAUGCUGAACGAACCUGCGCCGGAGCCGGCACCGGCACCCAAGCCAGAGCGGCGCUCCCGAGACAGAAACGAUCGCUCGCAAAGGGAGCGGAGACCAAAGCGCACCGCAUUUGAUAAGGAAAUUGAGAUGGCAGAGGCUCGGCGAAAGGAGGCCGAGGCCCGCCAAAAGGAGCGCGAGGCGAAACAGAAAGAACGGGAAGAAAUGAACCGCGCGAAGCGGCCCGACCAGUUUGGAAAGCGAAGACUAGGCCGAGAAAGCAAAGUCCUCCUCAAUCGGGUGCAGAGAAUAGUUGGUCAGACCUAG